AGUGAGUAAGCUGAGCUGCUGAGGAGUUUCAUUCGUGAGCCCGCGCCGCCACCUGCCGGCCACCUCAGCCUGGCUGACCGGUCGCCGAAGCACGCUCGUCUGCCGCCGCCACUGCGCUCUGCCUCUCUCCCCUCGGCCAUGGCCAGCUCAAUGAUCGUAGCCGGUCUCGGCCUGGCCACAGUGGGGUUCGCCGGGCGCUACCUACUCCGCGCGAUGCCGGGCGCCGCCAAACAGUUCAACGAAGCCAUCAAAAACCUCCCCAAGAUGGACGCCAACAGCCGCUACUACCGCGGCGGCUUCGAGACGAAAAUGUCACGCCGCGAGGCGAGUCUCGUGCUGGGGGUGUCUCCGAGCGCUAACGCCAAGCGUAUCAAGGAUGCGCACAAGCGGAUCAUGUUGUUGAAUCAUCCGGAUCGCGGCGGAUCACCGUACCUAGCGGCCAAAAUCAACGAGGCCAAAGAUGUGAUCGAGUCGGGAAAGGCGUGACGGGCGCAUCUGGCGCCGACGAGCGGUGGUAGACACGGGAGUAGGUCCGCAGAGUACCUACGUGGGGGUGCUGCGGGGACUUGAGUGUGCGGUUGGUGGGAGGUGUGUUGGCAGUUACUGGCAGUGGCUGCGAAGUGGGAAGAACUGAUAAAUUGUGAUGCCCACCCAGGCUCAUGGUGGUAAAGUGACAAAGUGAUGUGCUUAAUUUGGUCAGUGUACUCUGCAAAAGUGAUGAGUGUGGUAUAGCACACAGACGUUUUAUAAACAACAGUCAAAAGAAGCACCAUUUAGCCUCAAUUUCCGAUUUAUUUUUGGGCGAUCCGAUGAACCUGAUGACGUUCCGUGGCGAUAAAAUUGUAGUUGCAUCUGUGUCCGGCAUCCUGUUAUCAAGUGACGGUAACCUCUGAUCGAACGUGUGCCCCGGUCACUGCUGCCCAUGUGUUGAUUCUAACGCUGCCCCCGAGUGUGCUAACUGUGGUGCUGGUUUUGACCUCCGUGUUGCUGAUAUUCACUGCAGCUGGAGGGUGUUACCGAAACCAGUAGAAGUAUGUAUUUUGUGGUGUUGAAAAGCAAUUGGUGCUGUUUUGUAUGCAUCAGUAAGCGCAAUAAAUGAUGCACAUCUGA